GAACGUUGUAACCAUGGCUGGAACAGUUCGCAAAAUACUGGAAGCACCAAAGACACUACGUAGUAUUCCAAUUAGUGCCGCUGUUGUGGUUGACAAAACAAUGUAUAUAUCGGGUCAAAUUGGUCAGGAUUCCACCGGAAAACUGGUUUCAAGUGAUAUCAAGGAUCAAACACAUCAGGUUUUGAGGAAUAUGAGAGAUAUAUUGAAAAGACAUGGCUGUGAUUAUUCCAAUGUCGUUAAAACCACUGUGUUUAUGGCUGACAUCAAGGAAUUUGCACAGGUCAAUGAAGUGUACAGGAAAUAUUUUCCCAGUGAUUUCCCUGCUCGUUCUGCUUUUCAAGUUUCCGUAUUACCAAUGAACGCCCGUGUUGAAAUAGAAGCCAUUGCGAUUGUAGGACCGAUUGUGGACGCCGCUGCCAUACAGUCAAAGUUAUAGACCAAUCAAAAUGUGAUCGGGAAUGAAUGAAUGAAUGAAUAUACCUGAAUUGCAUAUCGUGCAUUAAUUAAAAACAUGCUCAAAUAAGUGACUAUCACUAAGACGAAAUAUACAUGUUACGAAAUGCGACUCUAACUAUAGAACAGAAUGCUGUAUAGAUGUUACGUUCGUCAAUAUACUUACUGUCUAUGAUUAAAUACACUCGCUGGGAUUUUUUUGGCCUUUUCAUGUAACUUUUCGUUUUUUGUGCAUUGUAUCCAUUGUCACUCAUGUCAAUUGAUGCUAUGUGAUUAAACAUAUAAAUAUAAA